AUGCCGCCGAAAAAGGAAGAGAAAAAGCAGGUGGACCCCGUCGAGGCCAAGUACCAGGAGGAGAUCCGACAACUAGAACAAGCUAAGAAUGACCUCCAGCUUGAACACACGAUGGUCCUCGAUAAGUUCCGGCAGCUAAAGGCGGAAAAUGACCGUCUCCGGGCAGAGAAUGAUGGCUUCAAGACACGCCUCACAAGUGCCGCUGACGACUAUGCUGAUAUCUUGGAACACCGCCAGGAGCAGAUCAAGGCGGAGGAAAACAAGCUCAAGGGGCUGCAGUCCCAUGUGGAAAGGCUGGAGGCGGACAUCGCGCGCUACCUGGAGGAGAUCCGCGUGCUCAAGGAGGCCAAUGCGCAGCAGGCCAUCAAGCUUGACGAGGCCGCCCAGAUGCUUGCGGACAAGGAGAACCUGGAGGAGGCGGUGCGGAGGCAGCACGACCUGAUUGAGAAGCAGACGGAGGAGCUGCGCAGCCUCAAGAAGCAGCUGGAGGAGCGGGACGGGCAGCUGGAGAGGGCAAACGCCCAGAUCGAGGAGCUGACCCUCAAGUCCGCCAGCGCCACCGACCUGCGCAUCCUGUUCGACGAGCCCUGGCUGGUGCAGGUGUCGUACGGGCGGCUGAAGGGCGAUGUGCCGCUGGACCGCGAGUUCGGCAGCAUUGCGGCGCUGGCGUUGGGCAAGCAGCUGGUGCUGUACGGCGGCGCCAGCAAGGCGGCGGGCGCCCUGUCCGACACCGUGGGUCGGGAGGUUGCGGUGCUCAACGUGGAGAGCGGCGUGUGGGAGCGCCCCUCCUCCAGCCGCACGCUGGCGGCCAGUCAGAGCCACAGCGCGGUGGUGGUGGGGCGCACCAAGCUGCUGGUGUUCGGGGGGCUACGGGGGGACGGGAGCGCGGCGGCGGAGGUGGCGGUGCUGAAUGCGGACACCAUGAAGUGGCUCAUGCCGCAGAUCAAGGGUUCCGAUCGCCCUCUGGCCCGCUCCGGCCACUCCUCCUGCUGCAUCCGCGAGCGCGUGUUCGUGUUCGGCGGCUCCACCGCGGACGGGGUGCUGCUGAACGACGUGUGGAUGUACGACCAGGACAGCUGCGGCUGGAGCCACAUCAGCACCUUUGGUACCGUGCCGGCACCGCGGACGGGCGCCGCCGCCACCUGCACCGACGACGGCCGGCGGCUGUACGUGUUUGGCGGCCACGACGGCGGCCGCUGCCUCAACGACGUGCACUAUCUGGACCUGGAGAAGCUGACGUGGAGCCCGGUGGCGGUGCAUAUGGGUCAGGCUCCGGAGCCGCGUGACGGCGCCGUGGCGCAUGUGACAGGCAAGUACCUCCUCAUAGCGGGCGGCUGCUCCGCCGCCGGCCGCUGUCUGGGCGACACCCGCGCGCUAGACCUCUACUCUCCUCGCUGGGAGUGCCUGGAUGACGGGGCCUGGGCGGCGGGGGUGAUGUGGCUCAAGCCGCGAGCCGCCUACAUUGCCUUUUUUGGCAACCGUCAGUUCACGGUGAAACCCAGUAUGCACGAGAAGCUGUGGGAGCUGCAGAUCACGGAGUGGUCGCUGCCCGAGGACAUCGAGCGGCUGCGCGCCAACCGGCGCAAGGACAUGGGAUUCAGCGAGAAGCUGGAGCUGGGGGACGAUGCCAUUUGCGGCGUGUCCUCCCUGGAGCUCAGCUGGCGCCCCCCCACCAAGAACUCCGACCGCAUCGAGCGCUACAAGCUCAUGAUAGCCACGGGCACGGGGGUGGUGAAGGACGUGUACCAGGGCCGCGAGAGCCGCUUCCGAGUGACCGGCCUCAAGUCCAACACCGAGUACAUCCUGUGUGUGAAGGCGAUCUACGAUGACGGGUCGUUCCUGUGGAGCGAGUCCAAGGCAUACCGCACGCUGGCGUAGGGGGGAGGGGGGGAAGGAACGGGGUGGGGAUGAAAGGGAAGGGAGGAUGAAAGGAAAGGCAGGAAGGGGGGGAAUGCGCGGGUUGUUCUCCUCAGUGAGGGGAUGUCGGUCGAGUAGCGCAAAUGACAUACGUUUGGUUGGGCCCUUGUGCAUGGGAGCGCAGAGAGGAGAGGGAGGUAGGGAAUGGGGUAGCGCACUAGGAAGGGGGAGCAUGCAGUGGAUAUGCAAGCAGUGGAUUCCCGUGUGUGUCUCGCAUGCAGCCAUGUGGGGGGAGCUGUGGCGUGUGUAGGACAGCAGCAGCGGGCGGGGGGGAGGGUAGGGGGUUAGGAAGGGCUUACGUAGGGGAUGGCAGGCCGUUUGGCUGCACAAUAGGACACGAUUAGUCUUAUGUUAAAAUAACUGACCGCGAGGCGAAACGUACUGUGAUUGCCGAAAGAUGAAGUCUUGUGUGUGUGGGUGGUGGUGCAUGUUGCACUGGAGUCACAUUCGCUGAUGGACCUACCCUGCUGUCUACCCUCAGCUGCAGCCGAAGACAGAGCAUGAUGCAUGUUAACAAACACAGGAUGGGUGUGCUGCAUACCGGUGCUAUGCACACGGGUGUUGCUGCCAACGUACUUGGUGGAUGGGGUGGCUUUUGACAACGCGUGAAGUGAUGCGUGCAAUGCGAACAAAUGACGUUGUCGCAACACACUGUCUGCGCCGUGUGAAUACCGGUAGCGUAUGACGUAUGAUGUGACGUGAUGUGGGCACUGUGGGAAGCAAAGUGUCCAGGCUGCCGGAUAUAGGCCGCGACCUCCGUGCACAACACACCUGCAUGCGGCUGACCCCACCCGGGUGCAGGGGUGGCUUUAGGGGUGACUCUGGGGGGGCAGGGUUGGAGGCCUCCUAUCGAAGAGUGGCUCCGGAAACUACUUGCAUGGCUUUUGCAUCAAUCGAGCCGGUUGCCGGUUGAUUGCAUGACGUACGGUUACA